AUGCCCCACAGCCCUGCGUCCAGCGAGGACGAGGAACGCCACAGUGCCAGCGAGUGUCCCGAGGGGGGCUCAGAGUCCGACAGCUCCCCAGACGGGCCCGGGAGAGGCCCCCGGGGGACCCGGGGCCGGGGCAGCGGGGCACCUGGUAAUCUGGCCUCAGUGAGAGGCCCCCAGGGCCGCUCCAUGUCUGUCCCCGACGACGCUCACUUCAGCAUGAUGGUCUUCAGGAUCGGCAUCCCGGAUCUGCACCAAACGAAAUGCCUGCGCUUCAACCCCGAUGCCACCAUCUGGACGGCCAAGCAGCAGGUGCUCUGUGCCCUGAGCGAGAGCCUGCAGGACGUACUCAACUACGGCCUGUUCCAGCCGGCCACCUCUGGCCGCGACGCCAACUUCCUGGAGGAGGAGAGGUUGCUGCGGGAGUACCCCCAGUCCUUCGAGAAGGGGGUGCCCUACCUGGAGUUUCGAUACAAGACCCGAGUUUACAAACAGACCAACCUGGAUGAGAAGCAGCUGGCCAAGUUGCACACAAAGACGGGGUUGAAGAAGUUCCUGGAGUAUGUGCAGCUCGGGACGUCCGACAAGGUGGCGCGGCUGCUGGACAAGGGGCUGGACCCCAAUUAUCAUGACUCGGAUUCGGGAGAGACCCCUUUGACGCUAGCUGCGCAGACUGAAGGCUCGGUGGAGGUGAUUCGAACUCUGUGCCUGGGCGGGGCCCACAUCGACUUCCGGGCGCGGGAUGGCAUGACAGCGCUGCACAAAGCCGCUUGCGCACGCCAUUGCCUUGCUCUCACGGCACUCCUGGACCUUGGGGGCUCCCCCAACUACAAGGACCGCCGGGGGCUGACCCCUCUGUUCCACACGGCUAUGGUGGGGGGCGAUCCCCGCUGUUGUGAGCUGCUACUGUACAACAGAGCCCAGCUGGGCAUCGCUGAUGAGAACGGCUGGCAGGAGAUCCACCAGGCCUGCCAGCGGGGUCACUCCCAGCACCUGGAACACCUGCUCUUCUAUGGGGCUGAGCCCGGAGCCCAGAACGCCUCGGGGAACACAGCCCUGCACAUCUGCGCCCUCUACAACAAGGAGACCUGUGCCAGGAUCCUCCUGUACCGAGGGGCCAACAAGGAUGUGAAGAAUAACAAUGGACAGACCCCCUUCCAGGUGGCAGUGAUUGCUGGGAAUUUCGAGCUGGGGGAGCUGAUCCGAAACCAUCGAGAGCAGGAUGUGGUGCCCUUCCAGGAGUCCCCCAAGUAUGCGGCCCGGCGGCGGGGACCCCCAGGCACAGGGCUGACAGUGCCCCCGGCGCUGCUGCGGGCCAACAGUGACACCAGCAUGGCCCUGCCCGACUGGAUGGUGUUCUCAGCCCCAGGGACCUCGUCCUCCGGGGCCCCCGGGCCAACCUCAGGGCCCCAGGGCCAAUCGCAGCCCUCAGCCCCCAGCACCAAGCUCAGCAGCGGGACCCUCCGAAGUGCAAGCAGCCCCCGGGGAGCCCGGGCCCGCUCCCCCUCCCGUGGGAGGCACCCCGAGGAGGCCAAGAGGCAGCCCCGUGGACGACCCAGCUCCAGCGGGACGCCCCGGGACGGGCCGGCCGGGGGCACAGGGGGCUCAGGGGGCCCCGGGGGCUCCCUGGGCAGUCGCGGGAGGCGGAGGAAGCUCUACUCGGCUGUACCUGGGCGCUCUUUCAUGGCGGUGAAGUCGUACCAGGCGCAAGGCGAGGGGGAGAUCUCCCUGAGCAAGGGCGAGAAAAUCAAAGUGCUUAGCAUCGGGGAAGGAGGCUUCUGGGAAGGCCAGGUCAAAGGUCGUGUUGGCUGGUUUCCCUCUGACUGCCUGGAAGAGGUGGCGAACCGCUCCCAGGAGGGGAAACAAGAAAGCCGCAGCGACAAGGCAAAAAGACUCUUCCGGCAUUAUACCGUGGGCUCCUACGACAGCUUCGAUGCCCCAAGCUUGAUGGAUGGGAUUGGCCCAGGGAGCGAUUACAUCAUUAAGGAGAAGACAGUCCUGUUACAGAAGAAAGACAGCGAGGGUUUUGGGUUCGUGCUCCGGGGGGCCAAGGCGCAGACCCCCAUCGAGGAGUUCACCCCCACCCCGGCCUUCCCGGCGCUGCAGUACCUGGAGUCAGUGGAUGAGGGUGGCGUGGCCUGGAGAGCAGGACUUCGGAUGGGAGACUUCCUCAUUGAGGUGAAUGGGCAGAAUGUGGUGAAGGUCGGCCACCGACAGGUGGUGAACAUGAUCCGCCAAGGGGGCAACACUCUGAUGGUCAAGGUGGUGAUGGUCACCAGGCACCCUGACAUGGAUGAGUCCGUCCACAAGAAAGCACCCCAGCAGGCGAAGCGGCUCCCACCCCCGGCCGUCUCCCUGCGUUCCAAGUCCAUGACCUCAGAACUGGAGGAGAUGGAGUACGAGCACCAACCAGCGCCGAUGCCCAGCAUGGAGAAAAAACGGACCGUGUAUCAGAUGGCUCUCAACAAACUGGAUGAAAUCUUGGCAGCAGCUCAACAGACCAUCAGUGCAAGCGAGAGUCCUGGGCCUGGUGGCCUGGCAUCCUUGGGCAAACACCGGCCCAAGGGCUUCUUUGCCGCUGAGUCGAGCUUUGAUCCCCAUCACCGCUCCCAGCCGAGUUACGAACGUCCUUCGUACCUGCCCCCAGGACCUGGGCUUAUGCUCCGGCAAAAAUCUAUCGGGGCUGCAGAGGAUGACAGACCCUACCUAGCGCCCCCAGCCAUGAAGUUCAGCCGCAGCCUGUCUGUGCCUGGGUCGGAGGACAUUCCUCCGCCGCCCACCACGUCCCCACCAGAGCCCCCCUACAGCACACCACCGGCCCCCUCCUCCUCCGGCCGCCUCACCCCCUCCCUCCGGGGAGGCCCCUUCAAUCCCAGCUCAGGGGGCCCCCACCCAGCCUCCUCCCCCUCCUCCUUUGAUGGGCCCGCCCCUCCCGACACCCGCUUGGGGGGCCGGGAGAAGAGCCUGUACCACAGCGGCCCCCUGCCCCUGCCCCCGCGGGCAGCCAGCGCGGCCAUGUACGUGCCCGCGCGCUCGGGCCGCGGCCGCAAGGGCCCCCUGGUCAAGCAGACCAAGGUCGAGGGCGAGCCCCAGAAGGGCGCCGGCGGCCUCCCGCCCACCCAGUCGCCCACGUCGCCGGCCUCCCCGCAGCCGCCGCCGGCCGCGGCCGCCUCCUCCGAGAAGAAUUCCAUCCCCAUCCCCACCAUCAUCAUCAAGGCGCCGUCCACCAGUAGCAGCGGCCGCAGCAGCCAGGGCAGCAGCACUGAGGCGGAGCCGCCCACCCAGGCAGAGGGCGCGGGAGGCGGCGGGUCCUCGGCGCCCAGCCCCGCGCCGACCAUAUCGCCGGUGCCGCCGUCUCCCUCGCCCGUGCCCACUCCCGCCUCCCCCAGCGGCCCAGCCACCCUCGAUUUCACCAGCCAGUUCGGAGCCGCCCUGGUGGGCGCGGCCCGGAGGGAAGGGGGCUGGCAGAACGAAGCGCGCCGGAGGUCCACGCUCUUUCUCUCCACCGACGCGGGGGACGAGGAUGGCGACGCCGGGCUGGGUGCGGGGGUCCCGCCGGGCCCCCGGCUGCGCCACUCCAAGUCCAUCGACGAAGGCAUGUUCUCCGCCGAGCCCUACCUGCGGCUGGAGUCCGGGAGCUCCGGGGGUGGCGGCGGCUACGGGGGCUACGGAGCGGGCAGCCGCGCCUACGGGGGCAGCGGGAGCAGCAGCGCCUUCACCAGCUUCCUGCCCCCCAGGCCGCUGGUCCACCCGCUGACCGGCAAGGCCCUGGACCCCGCGUCCCCUCUCGGGCUGGCCCUGGCCGCCCGGGAGCGUGCGUUGAAGGAGUCCUCGGAGGGCGGCGGGACCCCCCAGCCCCCUCCCAGGCCCCCAUCGCCCCGCUACGAGGCCCCGCCGCCCACCCCGCACCACCACUCACCCCACGCCCACCACGAGCCGGUGCUGCGCCUCUGGGGGGCGCCCCCCCCGGACUCUGCCCGCCGGGAGCUGGGGUACCGGGCAGGGCUGGGCAGCCAGGAGAAGGUGCUCCCGGCCAGUCCGCCGGCCGCGCGCCGCUCUCUGCUGCACCGGCUGCCCCCUACGGCCCCCGGCGUCGGACCGCUGCUGCUGCAGCUGGGGCCUGAGCCCCCGGCCCCCCAUCCCGGGGUGAGUAAGGCCUGGAGGUCCAGCGCCCCCGAGGAGCCGGAGCGGCUGCCCCUGCACGUACGGUUCCUUGAAAACUGCCAGCCACGGGCCAGCGGGGCCGGCGGAAGGGGGCCCCCAGCGGAGGACGGGCCCGGGGUCCCGCCGCCCAGCCCACGCCACUCGGUGCCGCCCUCGCCCACUUCCCCGCGGGGCAGCGAAGAGAACGGGCUCCCCCUGCUGGUACUGCCGCCGCCCGCGCCCUCGGUGGAUGUGGAGGAUGGCGAAUUCCUCUUUGUGGAGCCGCUGCCCCCGCCCCUCGAGUUCUCCAACAGCUUCGAAAAGCCGGAGUCUCCCCUCACGCCGGGGCCUCCUCACCCGCUGCCCGACCCGCCCAGCCCCGCUACCCCUUUGCCGGCCGUGCCACCCCCGGCCGCCGCUGCCCCUCCCACCCUGGACUCCACCGCAUCCAGCUUGACCUCCUAUGACAGUGAGGUGGCCACGCUGACCCAGGGGGCGCCCACGACUCCCGGGGAACCCCCUCCGCCAGGCCCUCCAGCCGCUGCUGCCCCGGCCCCCGCAGCACCCCAGUCCGGCCCAGACCCCCCACCUGGCACGGAUUCUGGCAUCGAGGAGGUGGAUAGUCGGAGCAGCAGUGACCACCCCCUGGAGACCAUCAGCAGUGCCUCCACGCUGAGCAGCCUGUCUGCUGAAGGUGGUGGCAGCGGAGGGGGUGGUGUGAGUGGUGGGGCCGGUGGGGCCAGCGGGCCGGAGCUUCUGGACACCUAUGUGGCCUACCUAGAUGGGCAGGCCUUUGGGGGGAGCGGUACUGCUGGCCCGCCGUUCCCCCCGCAGCUUAUGACCCCCUCUAAGCUCAGGGGACGAGCGCUGGGGGGCAGCGGAGGCCUGCGGCCGGGCCCCAGUAGUGGACUCCGGGACUCCGUCACGCCCACCAGCCCCACAGUCUCGGUGACAGGGGCUGGAACCGAUGGACUGCUGGCCCUGAGUGGCUGCGCGGGACCCUCGGCGGCAAGUGUGGCCGGGGGUCCAGUGGCUGUAGAGCCAGAAGGCCCGCCCAUGCCCUUGCCGACAGCCUCCUCCCUGCCUCGGAAGCUGCUACCCUGGGAGGAGGGUCCAGGCCCACCACCACCACCCCUGCCCGGGCCCCUGGCCCCGCCUCAAGCCUCAGCCUUGGCGACAGUCAAAGCCAGCAUCAUCAGUGAACUCAGCUCCAAGCUCCAGCAGUUCGGGGGCUCCGCAGCAGCCAGUGGCGCUCUGCCCUGGGCCCGGGGAGGCAGCGGGGGAAGCGGGGACAGCCACCACGGCGGAGCCAGCUAUGUCCCUGAAAGGACUUCCUCCCUGCAGCGGCAGAGACUCUCGGAUGACUCCCAGUCCUCGCUUCUCUCCAAGCCAGUCAGCAGCCUGUUUCAGAACUGGCCCAAGCCACCCCUGCCAUCACUCCCCACAGGAACAGGGGUUUCCCCUUCAGCAGCUGCGGCCCCGGGGGCCACCUCACCCUCAGCUUCCUCCUCCUCCACGUCCACCCGCCACCUCCAGGGCGUAGAGUUCGAGAUGCGGCCCCCUCUGCUCCGCCGGGCCCCCAGCCCCUCACUGCUGCCUGCCUCGGAGCACAAGGUCAGCCCUGCUCCACGACCCUCGUCCCUGCCCAUCCUGCCCUCCGGACCCCUCUACCCGGGCCUCUUUGACAUCCGCGGCUCCCCCACCGGAGGGGCAGGAGGCUCAGCUGACCCCUUCGCUCCUGUCUUCGUGCCGCCCCACCCGGGGAUGUCUGGGGGCCUUGGAGGGGCCUUGUCAGGAGCCUCCCGCUCUCUCUCACCGACCCGCCUGCUUUCGCUGCCCCCGGACAAGCCGUUUGGCGCUAAACCUCUGGGGUUCUGGACCAAGUUUGACGUGGCCGAUUGGCUGGAGUGGUUGGGCUUGGCCGAGCACCGAGCCCGGUUCCUGGACCACGAGAUUGACGGUUCCCACCUGCCCGCCUUGACCAAGGAGGACUACGUCGAUCUGGGUGUGACCAGGGUGGGCCACCGAAUGAACAUUGACCGGGCGCUUAAGUUUUUCCUGGAGAGGUGA